UAUUGCCGAAGACUUUGGGACAAGAGAGAAGUCGUAUUAUAGCACCAGCAUUCGCCCUGCACUCUGCGAUGGCGAGCUCGGGCGGCGGGCUGUCGUUUGGUUUCAGCAAGACCAGCAAGAAAAGUAGCAUUGUGAGUGGUCCAGCUCGAAUUGAUGAUUCACAAAGAUCUAGGCGACGUGAUGGCUCAGAGGAUGAAGAUGGUGUAGUUACUCACGUUGGAAAUACUGAUUUGGCAGAGGCUAGAAGCCGAGGAGACAGACCCAAGGAGUAUGUCAUUCCACUCAUCAAAAGUACGAAGCGACAAGCUACUGGUGACCAUGGAGCUGGAAGUAAAAAGAAGCAGAGUGAGAUGAGUGAACUGGAGCGACAAGCAGUGGAUGAAUUGGCUCGCGAUGCACAAGAAGCAGUCGAUGGUGAUGUGGAUCCUGAUCGAGUUGUGCCGCUCCUAAUGCAAAACAGACUGGACAAGGUCGAUGAGAGUGAACUGGGUGAAGUUAGUAAACUCGAUGACUACGAGGAUAUGCCAGUAGGUGCGUUUGGUGAGGCGAUGCUGCGCGGCAUGGGAUGGAAGCCCGGCAUUGGAGUGGGAAAAACUAACAAGAAAGAAGUGAAACCAGUUGAGUUCAUUGCUCGUUCGGGUGGUCGCGGUCUUGGUGCAGAGAGCAGCAAAGAAGUGCAGGAGCUAAGUGGCAAGCCAAAGCCCCGACGCCUAAGACCGGGUGAGGAACGUAAAACAGAAAAGCAGUUGCCCGUUGGCGAAGACGGCCGUGUGAGGCACACGCGCAAUGUGGGCGAGGAGCUGGAGGACAAGGAAGAUUUGGAGUUGAAAGUCGGUAGCUAUUGUCUGGUCGAAAGUGGCCGGCACAGCGGCCUGUAUGGCAAAGCCAUCUCUCUGCAGCUAGACCCCGCUCGUGUUGUAGUACGUCUGGCCAUCAGCGAGCAGACAGUCGACGUUAGUCAGGCAUCGGUCAUCACUGUUCCCCGUCGCCAGUAUGAACAGAGUGCGUUGUCUGUGUCCGCUGACCAGCGUUCUCACGACUCACGGCACGGAGGAAGGCACUCACCAUCAGAUCGCAGCAGUCGGGAACUUAAGCCGAAGUCUUACAAGGAAUCAAAUGCCAGUAGACACAGCCCUGCAGACUGCAGCUCGUCGCAACAUGACAAAUCCAGUAAGAAAAAGAAGAAGAAAGAGAAAAAGAAGAAAAAGCAUCACAGAGAUGAUUAUCGCUCGUCCAGUGAUGAAAGCACGCAUCAGCAUAGUGGAAAACCUUGGCUGGCUGCUCAGCUGUGUGUCCGGGUGAUCGAUCAGAGGUACAAGAAGGGCCGCUACUACAAUAGCAAGGUCAUCAUUGAAGACGUGCUGAGCCCUACCUUGUGCGUGUGUCGUUCUGAUUCCGGCACUGUAUUGGAGAAUGUGGAGCAGAGCAUGCUGGAGACUGUUGUUCCUCGUGAAAGCAUGGCACCAGUCAUGGUCGUGGCUGGGGAAUAUCGCCGGCAACUAGGUCGGCUCUUAUCACGUGACAGGAACUCGUGCGAAGCUGUUGUUCAGCUUUAUCCUGACUUUGAGAUCGCUCAGUGCACGUUCGAUGAAGUCUGCGAGUAUGUUGGCCGGACUGAGCACAUGUAGCGUGCUGUUUGUGUGUGUGUGUGUGUGUGUAUGUGCGUGUGUGUGUGGUGUAUGUGUGUGUGUGUAUGUGUGCGUGCAUGCGUGAUGUCUGGUGUGUGUAUAGUAUAUGUCCAAUGCACAUAGCCUAGUAUAAUUCCCAGUGUGCAUCUUGGCAUCUUGUAAGGGUUAUUGUGCCCAGGUAUUCUACCAGGUACCCUGGGCACUGUUGAUCAUUAUCUGACUUUUUUUCUCUGUUUUGAACCAGUCUGCCGUUGUUCUUAGUUGCUCUGUGUGCUGGUCGCACGGUCACAAUGCAGGUAUAUUGAAUUUUUUUAAUUUAGUAAACUUGAGCUAUCAGACGGCAUGUUUGAAGUACAUGUAGCUUAUUGAGUAUAUUUCAGAUUGCAUGCAUUCCAGUUUCUUUUGUAGCUGCUUGGUGAAAUCUAUGUUCUGGUGAUGAGUCUGCAGUCAGAGGCAAGAAGCUGCUUUGCGUUUUGACUUCGGCCUCUACCGCCGCCGUUUGCCAAGUGCCGUUGCUUGCUUACUCUUGUGCCACUUGCCGUCUGCUUGGCGUGAACGUGUUGUGGCUGGUUCA